AUGUCGUCGUCUCAUGAUGAGCAUCGCAGGCAGGGCAAGCACGAGAAGGCCAGAGAGGCCAUGAUGAAGGACUAUGAGCGACAACGCGAGGACAUGGCCAAAGAGUCGGAGCGUAAUCAGCGCAAGGCCGGCGACCGCUUCACAUCCAACACAGACAGCAUUGAGGAGACGCUCAAGAAGUCGACGAUUGGCUUGGUCUCCGCCGAGGACUUCAAAAAGCGCAGAGAGGAGCUCGAGGAGCUCAAGCGACGAGAGGCGGCCAAGACGAGCGAGUUGCAAGACGAGGACAAGAAGGACAAGAAGAGGAAAAAGAAGGGGGCCGCGAAGCCUACAUUAAGCUUCAGUGUGGACGAAGAUGCGGAGGAGGAGGAGGUCAGCGUACCUAGCAAGGCGGCCAAGAACGCCAACGGCUCGUCGUCAUCAAAGCGCCUCCAAAAGAAUCCAGGCGUCGACACCUCCUUCUUGCCCGAUCGAGCUCGCGAGGAGGAGGAGCGGCGUAUUCGCGAGUCUCUCCGCCAAGAAUGGCUCAAGAAGCAAGAAGACAUCAAGCAGGAGUCCAUUGAGAUCACCUACUCCUACUGGGACGGCACUGGGCACCGCAAGACGGUACAGUGCAAGAAGGGCGACUCCAUUGGCCAAUUUCUCGAGGCCUGCCGAGCUCAGUUUCCCGAGCUGAGGGCUACCUCCGUCGACAAUUUGAUGUACAUCAAGGAGGACCUCAUCAUUCCGCAUCACCAUACCUUCUACGAGUUCAUCAUCAACAAGUCUCGCGGAAAGUCUGGCCCUCUCUUCAACUUUGAUGUGCACGACGAUGUCAGGAUGGUGAGCGAUGCGACGGUCGAGAAAGAUGAGAGUCACGCUGGCAAAGUGGUGGAUCGGACGUGGUACAACAGAAACAAGCAUAUCUUCCCUGCCAGUCGGUGGGAGCUUUACGAGACGGGCAAGGACUACGGCAAUUACUCCAUUCAUGAUCGUACGAAGGGCAAGUAG